AUGAAGUCCAUGGGAUCUUUCUUUUUCUUCUUCAAUGUCAGCCUUGUUCUGCUUCUGCAGUAUCUCUCAGUUCUCUGUGUUUCACAGGACUUCGAUUUCUUCAACUUCGUCCAGGAGUGGCCAGGAUCAUAUUGCGACACUCAGAAGAGUUGUUGCUAUCCAGCAACUGGGAAACGUGAAGCAGAUUUUGGCAUUCGUGGACUGUGCCUUAACUGUAAUGAUGGCUCUUAUCCAUCUAACUGUGAUUCUUCCAACCCGUUUAAGCAAUCUGAUAUAUUAGCCUUGACAAGCAGUUUACAGAAGGACUGGCCCACACUGGCAUGCCGAAGCGGGAAUGGGAUUGAAUUAUGGAGCCAUGAAUGGGAGAAACAUGGCACUUGUUCAGAAUCAGUUCUUCAGCAGCAUAACUACUUUAAAACUGCCCUCAGCCUCAAACAGAGAUCCAAUCUCCUUCAAGCUCUCAAUAGUGCCAGAAUAGAAGCAAAUGGAAGAUCCUACAGCCUGAGGAGCAUGAAAGGGACUAUAAAGGAAGGAAUUGGGUAUGCUCUAUUCAUAGAGUGUAAUAAGGAUUCUUCUGGGAACAGUCAACUUUACCAAGUGUAUCUGUGUGUUGACACUUCUGCUUCAAACUUCACUGAGUCUCCAGUGCUCCCUAAAUGCAAGUGUGGCUCACAGAUUCAGUUCCCAUCUUUCUGA